AUUAUACGCUAGUUACACUUACAGUUUAGUUGACACCUGCUAAAGCUAAUGUACUAAAAACAGUGCAAUUAUAAAUCGAAAAGAAUUUUUUUAUUAAAAAUAUCUCUGAAUAAAAAGUGAAAAUAUGACGGAGGAGUUUAAUGAUAAGUGUGAAAUACAAGAAAAUCCAGAAAUUGGAAGAUACGUAAGAGCUGCAGAUAAAAUUAAAGCCGGUGAAACGUUAUUGCUGGAAAGACCUAUAUUAAUUUUGCCCACUGCGGGAGAUAAACGCUGCUGUAAUUGUUUUAAAUAUGCUCAAAAGUAUUGUGGUAAAUGUCAGAUAUCGCCCCUAUGUUUGGAUUGUAUACAACACAGUGAAUUUGAUUGCAACACUUUGGCGUCGAUGACCGAUUUAAAGCAUGAGGAAUUAAAAAAAUUUCCCGAAUCCUAUGGGAUUAUCAAAUGCCUUUUGCUAUCGGAAAAUCCUGAUGGUAAAGAUGAUUUUAGUAAAAUUCUACAAUUAGAAUCACAUCUGGAUAAGCGACGCAAUACCCCGAUCUGGCAAGAACGGAAUAAGAAAAUCAUACAGCCCAUAUUAAAAUCAAAUCUUUCGAAAUAUUUUCAAUUGGCUGACAAAAUAGAUGAAGAAUUCAUACAGCAUUUAUGUGGCGUUUUAGAUGUGAAUACCUAUGAGAUUAGAGCACCCGAUAUGGCGUCUAUGAGUGCGUUAUACGUAAAAGGUUCACUAUUGGCUCAUCAAUGUUGUCCAAAUGCAAAUGUUUCUAUUGAUGAUGUUUAUCGGAUAAAGAUCUAUGCCAAUCGUGAUAUUGACAAGGAUGAAAUGGUGACAAAUUGUUAUACGAAUGUUCUGCUGGGCACCGCCGAAAGACGUCACAUUCUUCAAGAAGGAAAGUACUUCCUCUGCAAUUGUCCUCGCUGUGAAGAUCCUACCGAAAUGGGUUCUCAUAUGAGCAGUUUCAUUUGUGCUCCCUGUGCUGGUAAUAAUAAAGAAGGUUACAUUGUCUACCAAGCUGCCAUCAAAAAAUGGCAAUGUCCAGUCUGCAACCAUAGUCUUCGAACCGAACAGGUCGAAACCAUUAUAGAUAAAGCCAAAGAAGAAGUAUUUCAUGCUCAAGAUGAUCUAAGACGUUACGAGAUACUUUUGGCCAAACUUAGUACUAUUCUGCAUAAAAAUCACUAUAUUAUGGUGGAUAUAAAACAAAAUAUAGCCAAUAUAUUGCGCACCGUUAUUAUGAAUAGUUUACAGAGACCUGGCCGUCGGGUGUACGAGAGAAAAGUGCGUUUAUGUCAGGAAUUGGUUAUGGUCUUGCAUAUUAUACAACCGGGAAUUUCAAGACUAAAAGCGAUUGCUCUAUAUGAAUUGGCAAAUGCUUCAGCUGAAUUGUAUCGUUUGCGUUUUGGUGAAAAGGAACUUAAGGAAGAGGAAUUACAACAUUAUUUAAGACAAUGUGAAGCAAUGUUUAAGGAAUCCAUUCGCAUGUUGCUUUAUGAACCGCCUCAAACUCCCGAAGGGGAACUGAUGAAAAGUAUGAUGGGUCAAUUAAAAGAUUUAAAGAAUGACAUACAAAUGUUAGAGAAAGCAAUGGAGGUGAAAGUUUAAGAUGAGAAAUUUAUGUGAAUAAUGAUGAAUGAAUAAAAUUUAUAUUAUUUUGUUUUUUUUUU